AUGAUGAUCCGACGGUUAGGCGCAGCGAGUAGCAUCAGGUUUACAUCCAAUUGGCGACUGGAUGUGCUGAGGGUGCCGAGAAUGGUGUUAUCUGGCCGGGAAAAAAUUCCUAUUUUACGAAUUUCCAAUGAAAAAAACCACUCUUGUGGUGAUGGUUCUGAUCCUGAAAACCAGCAAAAAAAGGCCAAUUUGGGGUCUAUGGUAGAACAACUUCAGGAGCUUGUUCCAGGAAUGCUCACAACUUCGCUUCCAAGAACUUUAUUGGCACCGGAUAUUAUUCUUCGAAUAUGCCCUACUCAUCUAGGUGAUGUCCAUCCUGUAUUCCUCAAUAUAAAGGGCCAUGUAUCAUACUAUACCGUGUGUAAGGCACUCCAGUUUGCCUUGACUUCUCUUGUGCUCCAUCCAAAAGUCGAAUUGCACAUAGAAUCCAUAAAGGUUAACCCAGAGGAACAGGUCCAAGGACUCUACCCAAAUACCACCAAGAUAUAUAUCCGGUUCUCUACGUGCUCGGAAGGGUGUCACCAUUUGGACCAGGGCAAGAAAAACCGGUUCCAUUCUACUUCUGAUGCUAAACUUGGGUCGCAUAGCUGGUCUAUGGAAUCCAGCAAACUACCAAAAAUUGGCCAGUCGGCAUCUAUAACUUCGAUUAUCUCGCAAUUGGCUACGGCGUUCACCAAGGAUGAAAAAGACUUGGAACGAGUGAUCUCAGGAAUCUUUAUUUUUGAGCUAAACGACAAAAAUGACCAGAUUAUAGUUCACACCAUCGAAGACGUCAAUAUAGUGGAGAAAACCGAUCCGCAAAUGCAAGUGGCUUGA